UCUAUAAAUGUCAAUUAUUUCGUAAAUGCUGUUCUGUUUGCAUACAAAUCGAGAAAAUGGAAACGAUAUUGGAGCAACAACGGCGUUACCAUGAGGAAAGGGAAAGGUUAAUGGACGCGAUGGUCAAGGAAAUGCUGUAUAAAAAACCGGGGCACAGGGAAAGUAUAAACUCGGAACAUCGAUUGAAAAUGCUACUCGACCAGUAUAUGGACAGUACGUUACAUUUGCAGGAUUUGUACGAGGAUAAAGACGGGCAAAGGAAAGAGGAAGUCCAAGCACUGUCCGGUCCAAAUGAAUUUUCGGAGUUUUAUUCACGAUUGAAGUCCAUAAAAGAGUUUUACCGGCGGCACCCUAACGAAAUAAGUAUCCCGAUGUCCGUCGAGUUCGAGGAAUUGGCCAAAAUGAGAGAGAAUCCCACAGAGGACCUCUCGAAUCUUGUAGAAUUUACGGACGAAGAGGGUUACGGAAAGUACCUGGAUCUCCACGAAUGUUAUGAAAAAUACAUUAACCUCAAGGGGAUAGAAAAAAUAGAUUACAUCACGUAUUUAUCAACUUUCGACCAUUUGUUUGAUAUUCCUAGAGAGAGGAAAAACGCUGAAUACCAACGAUACGUCGAAUCUUUGUUGGAGUAUUUAAAUGACUAUUUGAGCAGAGUUAGACCGUUGCUCGACAUGAAUGCGGAACUUCAAGAAGCUAACAAAGAGUUCGAGGCGCAAUGGGAGAACAACUCCUUCCCAGGAUGGCCGAAAGAAACCGGCAGCGCUUUGACUCACGUCGGAGCUCAUUUAGAACUCUCUGCCUUUUCUUCCUGGGAGGAACUUGCCUCUCUCGGAUUGGACAGGUUAAAAUCGGCUCUGAUGGCUUUAGGGUUGAAAUGCGGUGGCACUCUGGAGGAGAGAGCUCAAAGACUUUUUAGUACGAAAGGGGAAGCCUCUUUGGAUCCAAAUUUGUUAGCUAAGAAUAAUAGAAAUAGGAAAUCUGGGAAAGGAAGAAAUUCGGAAAAGCAGAGGGAUGUAGCGUGUUUGGAAGCUCAAGCGUACAGGCUUGCGGAACUAGUAUCCACGCAACGUGUUGCUACGAAAGAGAAUGUUCAGAGGAAACAAGCUAGGACGGAAGGCGAACGCGGUGAUUCCGAUGCAGAGGCUAGCGCUAGCGAGUCUGAAGAGGAAGACGACAACGGAGUACCUUACAAUCCCAAAAAUCUACCCCUCGGAUGGGAUGGCAAACCUAUACCGUAUUGGUUGUACAAAUUACAUGGCUUGAAUAUCAGUUACAAUUGCGAGAUAUGCGGGAACUUUACGUACAAAGGGCCAAAAGCUUUUCAAAGGCACUUCGCGGAAUGGAGGCACGCGCACGGUAUGCGUUGCCUCGGUAUUCCAAAUACUGCACAUUUUGCUAACGUAACGCAAAUAGAGGAUGCUCUAGCCUUGUGGGAGAAACUGAAGGCACAGAAACAGGCGGAACGUUGGCAACCGGAGCAGGAAGAAGAAUUCGAAGAUUCCCUCGGGAACGUAGUUAAUCGUAAAACGUACGAGGACUUGAAAAGACAAGGUCUUUUGUAAAAUAUUGCAUUAC